UCUAUCUAUCUAUAAUCUUUCUAUCUCAUUUUUUUUUUUUUUUUUUUAUUCAAAAAAUAGAAUGAACUAAGAAUCAACCAAUAAACCGCGUAAUCCCUUUCCUAAUUCCCACCAAUUACUUCCCUAAUCCCAAUUUCAUGCUUCACAAAUAAUCUCUCCUCCUUAAUCCUCCUCCCAUUCAGAAUUGUUGCUGCUACUGCAGCUAUAAAAUUUCUGUGAUCAUUGAUUUCAAAUUGUUGGAGGAAUUUUUGGGUUGCAAUAAAGUUUGGUUUUUUGGAAUCAAAUGGCCGCCGUGGCGGCUUGCCGGCGGUUGGGGAGAUUGAGGACUAAUUCCGGGGUUGGUUUAACUGGAUUUGCUGGCUAUGGAAUCGGAGCUUCCAAAUUUACGCCUUCAAUUUUGGGUUCUAUGUAUUUUUCUGGCUUUGGUAAAUCAAAUGGACAACGGUUGUUUCUUGUUGAUACAUUAGCCCUUGUUAAGAGGCUUGAGGGACAAGGAGUGCCUUUAAAGCAAGCUGAGGCAAUAACUGGUGCUAUAACUGAGGUGUUGAAUGAUAGCUUGGAGAAUGUAUCUCGGUCAUUGGUAUCAAAAGAAGAAAUGCAGAGGACUGAGAUGCAACAAGAAGCCAACCUGUCCAAAUUCAAAACAGAAGUGCAGAGCUCCCAGGGACACCACUUUUCUCUGCUCCAGCACGAGACUGAGAAGCUUAAAAAUGAUAUAGAGAAGAUGCGUAGUGAAUUGAGGUAUGAGAUAGAUAAAGUCACGGCUGGACAGCGGUUGGAUUUGAACCUUGAAAGGGGGAGGAUAAGGGAAGAGCUAACGAAUCAGAAUGCUGAAACUAACAACCUGACUAACAAACUUGAUAGAGAAAUCCAUGCUUUAAGGGCUCAGCUGGAAGCAGCCAAAUAUGAUGUGAUAAAGUACUGCAUAGGAACACUUGUUUCAAUAUCUGCUGUUGGCCUCGCCGUUCUUCGUAUCUUGAUGUAAAACACAAUGUAUUCAGAUUAACACUGACAAAAUUGAAGUUAAGGAAACUAGAGAAGCUGUUUGGAAGAUGUUGUAUGUUCUGUAAGAGAAACAAUUGCAUGGAAGUGCUGGAGCUGAAGUGGUUUCCCAUUAGACUUCAAAUGGGCCUUUUUUUUUUCAAGCCCAUAUUCUUUACAUAUUAUUUUUCUUAAUUUUUUUUUUUUUUUUAUUACACACAAAGCCAACUCAUUUACUUGCCUUGCUGUUGCUUGUGAUUACUUGCACAAUUUGUAUGUAACUAUGUAACGAUUAUAAUUAUAACUAUAAUUAUACACAUUGGAUUUGUCUGUGCU